GCAGGGGAGUACACAGCUCAGCGGACGCGGAGGGGAGUCUCUGCUCCCUGGACAGCAGUGGGAGGUGAGGUGUGUGAGCAUCGCACUGGCCGCAGACCCUCGGGAGCUAGGACGGCUACGCGGCUGCCGGGCUACCCGGCUGAGGCUUCAGAGGUGGGAACUGAUGGGACUGGCUCGCUCAGCCGCGUCUCCCAGCUCUUCUGAGUACAUUGAGCGGGGCCCGCGCUGAAGUAGAAGCUGUCGGGGGGGCUCACGGCCCAGAGUCCCAGUGUGGCCUGGAGGAACAGCGCCCGUGCCAGGGCGACCCAGUCGGGAGCCUCUGGACCGAGCUCGUGUUGUGGAGAGACUCCUAUUUCGUCCGAGGGGCGCCAAACCCAGGACAGUCGCGGCGUCGGGGCGGCAACCUAGUCCUCAGUGGGGAGACACGGUCGGGGAGGGGCGCGCAGUCCCGAACAGUCUCUGAGAGCGGAGCGGAAUCGGCCGGGAUCACCCGGGGGCGCAGAGCCCCCGUCGCGCCUCGUGCGGCGGAGAGGCCAGAGGAGCGAGCGCUCGGAGGCGGCAGCCCAUGCUCGGUUUGGGGGCGGCUGCCCAGUGAGUCUUCCUGGCCGGCCGGGCGGAGAAGAGCGACACCGAAGCCAGCAGGAGGAGAGCACUUAAAGGCCGGCGGCCGCGGACGAUGGGCGCCUAAGCCGCUCGGAGCACAGCGCGGCUCUAGAAGGAGAGGCCAGCUUUGCUGAGGAGGCGGCAGGAGAACCCAAAGUGCAGCCUGCCCCCAGGAAGAUGACCCGGCCUGGGCAGCGUUGGCUCGGCAAGUGGCUUGUGGCGAUGGUCGUGCUGGCGCUGUGCCGGCUCGCCACGCCGCUGGCCAAGAACCUGGAGCCCGUGUCUUGGAGCUCUCUCAACCCCAAGUUCCUGAGUGGGAAGGGCCUGGUGAUCUAUCCAAAGAUUGGAGACAAGCUGGACAUCAUCUGCCCCCGAGCAGAAGCAGGGCGGCCCUACGAGUACUACAAGUUGUACCUGGUACGGCCUGAGCAGGCAGCUGCCUGCAGCACUGUACUCGACCCCAACGUGCUGGUCACCUGCAAUAGGCCGGAGCAGGAAAUACGCUUCACUAUCAAGUUUCAGGAGUUCAGCCCUAACUACAUGGGCCUGGAGUUUAAGAAGCACCAUGAUUACUACAUUACCUCUACAUCCAACGGGAGCCUGGAGGGACUGGAGAACCGGGAGGGGGGCGUGUGCCGCACACGCACCAUGAAGAUCAUCAUGAAGGUUGGGCAAGACCCUAAUGCUGUGACGCCUGAGCAGCUAACCACCAGCCGGCCCAGCAAGGAGGCAGACAACACUGUCAAGAUGGCCACACAGGCCCCUGGUGCUCGGGGCUCCCUGGGCGAUUCUGACAGCAAGCAUGAGACUGUGAACCAGGAAGAGAAAAGUGGCCCAGGUGCAAGUGGAGGCAGCAGUGGGGACCCUGACAGCUUCUUCAAUUCCAAGGUGGCAUUGUUUGCUGCCGUUGGUGCUGGCUGCAUUAUCUUCCUGCUCAUCAUCAUAUUCCUGACGGUUCUGCUGCUGAAGCUGCGCAAGCGGCACCGAAAGCACACGCAGCAGCGGGCGCCUGCCCUCUCGCUCAGUACCCUGGCUAGUCCUAAGGGUGGCAGUGGCACAGCAGGCACCGAGCCCAGCGACAUCAUCAUCCCCUUACGGACUACAGAAAACAACUACUGCCCCCACUAUGAGAAGGUGAGUGGAGACUACGGGCACCCUGUCUACAUCGUCCAAGAGAUGCCACCCCAGAGCCCAGCAAACAUCUACUACAAGGUCUGAGAGCUCAGCACAGCCUUGGGCCCCAAGGGACAGUCGGCUGGACUGCACCUCUCCUUUCUCCCCCCCGGCGCCCCCCCCCCCCCGCCAGCUGUGCCCACCUUUGUAUUUAGUUUUGUAGUUUCUUGGCUUUUAUAAUCCCCCUUUUGCUCUGACCCCUGGGCUUCAGAGGGGGGUGCUUGUGUCCCCAGCCCCCAUGCUCUUGUGCCUUCCCCCUCUGGCCAGGCCUCUGGGCUCUGCAGGGGCACCCCUUCUUGGAGGGCAGGGAUGGACGCUGAUGGACAGCAGGCAGGGAGAUGCCCCCCUAGCCCUGCCCCCUCACUCCCUUCCCCCUUCCCAGGACUGCUUGUCUACUAUCAUCACUGUUUUUAAUGUUUUUAUGUUCAUUUUUUAGCUGUCAACUCAGUUUCAUCUGUUUUUUGAAGAAAAAUUGAAAAGGGUAAAAGGCAGCCCCUCCCCAGGUUUUCUGAGCCUGGCCCAGCCCAAUACAAGGGGCCUGGGACAAGAUGUAACUAGCCGGGAAGCAUAGGAUGGCAUUUCUUUUAUAAACUCUGUGGUAUUUUGGGGGUGGGAGGUGGUGAGGGGGUAGGCUAGGGCUGUUCUUGCCCAUGAGAGAAGGUGAGAGUGCCACUCGUCAAGGUAUGUCAGCCUCCCUUCCUGACCUUCUUUCCACAAAGCUGAUCUUGGCAAUGGGGUGGUGGCUGCCACCCUUCC